CAGAAUUGAGUUUCCUCUGAAACAUUGGCACGUUGAGCUGAAAGAACUAACUUGUGUUGAAUUCUUCGAUAAAAGAGGGAAGAAAAAAGGGUCUGAAUAAAUCUCUCUACAGUAGUUUCUGGUCCACCGUCCCAACCAAUCCAAUACAAGACCGAACAGAACCCAGAGAGAGCAUUAAUUCAGUUUUCAGACAGAGAGAGAGAGAGAGAAGCAAAGCAAGAAAAGAAAUAUACGGAACUCUACUCCGACACCAUAGGGAAUGGAAUACAUAGUUGCAGUCCUUUUUCAGGGUUGAUCCAAUGGCAGUGAAAAAAGACAACAUUUAAAUUUAGGAACUUGGCUGUUAAAUUCCAUACAAUGAAGUGUUUCUACUACUUUAAGGACAAAUCCAGAAGCAGGGAACGAAGAUCAGCACCACAGUUGAAAGAGCAAGGAAAAUCUGAUACUUCUGGAGCUGAUAGGGUCACUAAGUCUUCAUGCUCUGUCUCUUCCAUUCGUAGUAUACCGGAACUGUAUGAAGAGAAGGCUCAUAAUUUGCGUGUCUUCUCGUACUCGGAGCUCAGACAGGCGACAAAUAAUUUCAACAGGCUGCUUAAGAUUGGUGAAGGUGGAUUUGGGAAUGUGUAUAAAGGUUCAAUCAAUCCUGCUGAGGGGAAGGGUGAUCCAAUUAUGGUUGCCAUUAAAAAGCUCAAUACGGAUGGCUUACAGGGCCACAAGCAAUGGGUGGCAGAAGUUCAAUUUCUUGGUGUUGUGGAGCACCCAAAUCUCGUUAAACUCAUAGGAUACUGUGCUGUUGAUGGAGAAAGAGGGAUUCAGCGAUUGCUUGUAUAUGAAUAUAUGCUGAACAAAAGCUUAGACGAUCAUCUCUUCAACAAGGUAUAUCCAGCUCUUUCUUGGAAAACGAGAUUGCAGAUAGUACUGGAAGCAGCUCAAGGACUAGCUUAUCUGCAUGAAGGAUUGGAAGUUCAGGUAAUAUUUCGAGAUUUCAAGGCCUCCAAUGUGUUGUUGGAUGAGAAUUUCAAACCAAAGCUUUCGGACUUUGGGCUUGCUAGGGAGGGACCAGUGGCUGGGAGAACUCAUGUUUCAACAGCUGUGGUAGGAACGUAUGGGUAUGCUGCUCCAGAUUACAUCGAGACCGGUCAUCUGACCAGUAAGAGUGAUGUGUGGAGUUUUGGUGUGGUAUUGUAUGAGGUUCUUACAGGCAGGAGAUCAUUAGAAAGAAACCGCCCAAAGGGAGAACAGAAUCUUUUGGAAUGGGUGAAACAGUACCCUGCUGAGGGUAAAAAGUUCAACUUGAUGAUGGACCCCCGACUGGAAAACCAGUAUUCUAGCAGUGCAGCUCGAAAAAUUGCCCUGUUAGCUGAGAAUUGUUUACUAAAGAGCGCAAAAGAGCGGCCGACGAUGAGUCAGGUGGUAGAGAGAUUGAAGCAGAUAAUCCAACCAUUUGAUGAAGAUAACCAUUCCGAGAAAAGUCCAGAGUCCUUCGAGAAUGAGACGGUUGACUCGGAUAAGACAACGAAGAAAAUGAAGCCUGCAGAGUCGUGGAAAAGGCGAAUGACCCAACUGGAAAAACUGGGUGAAAAUGUGGAGGGUGCAAAUAGAAGAAGAUUUAUGAUCAUGCAGAGGGCCGAAGUGAAUUAAUAGCUUUACGCCCUGCGAAGUUUCAUUUUAUGAAGCGUGCAAAGUCAGAGAGAUAACUGCGAGUAAGGUAGAAAGAUGGGUUGUUUUAAUUUUUUUUUUUGUACAGGCUUUGGAAUGAGACAUUUUUAUGACAGGCUUAUGUUUGCUUUUCUUCUUUCAUAGCUUCUUCAACAUAUAAUAUGCUUUUCUGAAUCA